GCGGAGCAGAGCAGCUGUAGGAGACGUGGGAACAGAUGCAAGUUUAUCACCAGCCCUGCAUCUGACGAGCACCAAGGGCUAGAUUGGGGGCGAAAAGGAGGACGGUUUGCUGACCAGACGAGACUGAAGUGGUGCUUAUCAAGGAGACAAACCACAUCAAUGAAGACACCUGGCAUGGCGGUGUUCAAACAACAGAGUGUGGAUGAUUUCUAUGAAAUUGGAGAGGAAUUGGGAAGUGGCCAGUUUGCAGUGGUGAAGCGCUGCAUAGAGAAGAGCACGGGCAACGAAUACGCGGCCAAGUUCAUCAAGAAGCGCCAGAGUCGGUCCAGCAGACGAGGCGUGAGGAGAGAGGAGAUUGAGAGGGAAGUGAGCAUCCUGCAGGAACUCCAGCAUGCCAAUGUCAUAUCCCUGCACGACGUGUUCGAGAACCGCACAGACGUGGUGCUGAUCCUGGAACUGGUCUCUGGAGGAGAGCUGUUUGAUUUCCUGGCUCAGAAGGAGACUCUCAGUGAAGAGGAGGCCACUCAGUUUAUCAAACAGGUCCUCGACGGAGUCCUGUACCUCCACACCAAGAGGAUCGCACAUUUUGACCUAAAGCCUGAAAACAUAAUGCUGCUGGACAGGAACAUUCCUCUUCCCCGCAUCAAACUCAUAGACUUCGGACUUGCACACAGAAUAGAAACUGGGACAGAAUUCAAAAACAUUUUUGGGACUCCUGAAUUUGUCGCCCCAGAGAUAGUCAACUAUGAGCCACUGGGAUUGGAGGCAGACAUGUGGAGCAUCGGAGUCAUCACAUACAUACUUUUGAGCGGCGCGUCGCCCUUCCUCGGUGACUCGAAGCAGGAAACGCUGGGAAACGUCUCUGCGAUGAACUACCAGUUCGAUGAGGAAUUCUUCAGUAAUACAAGCGAGCUUGCCAAGAGCUUCAUCAGGCAGCUCCUGGAGAAGGACACAAGGAAACGGUUGACCAUACGAGAUGCCCUCAACCAUCCCUGGAUUAAGUCCUGCGGCCACACGGUGGAGGACAGCGCCGAGAAGAAAGCUGAGCAGCUGAAGACAAAGCGUCUGAAGGAGUACACCAUCCAAUUGCAUUCCAGUAUGCCCCAGAACAACACGUAUGUCAACUUUGAGCGCUUUGCCCAUGUGGUCGAAGACAUUAGCCUGAUGGAGACAGGGCUGUCAAAGGUGGCAGGAGCCCAUCACACUCUCCAGGGAGACAUAGAGGCGCUGCUCUCCAUCUACAACGACAAGGAGGCCUGGUACAAGGAGGAGAGCGAGACUGCAAGGAAGCAGCUCUCCCAGGUCCGGUACGAGUAUCGCAAAGUGGAGGCCACCAGGAGGCUGCUGCAGGACGACAUGAAGGCUGUGGACGCCAGUCUGGAGAACAUCAGUGGGAAGUACAACCAGAGGCAGAGCCGGCUGGACGCUCUGAGGCAGGAGCUGAACUCUGAGUUACAGCGGCUGCAGGAAGUGAUGAGCUCUCUGCACCCAGACGGAUCCAGUGACAGCAUCUACAGCAGCGGCGGGCUGACCGUGGAUGUGAAGCAGGCACUGAAGGAGCUACUGAGUCAGUCCUGCAGAGGGGAACUGUGUGCCGAGGUCAAACAACCGCUCAGCGAGUCUGGUUAACAGGCACACAACGCUAAAGUUCUUAACACGUUUGUGACGAUGAGAAAAUGUGUUAAAUACAUUGUGUUUUAUUGUUUGUUUGUUUUAGAAUCACAAACAUUUGAAUGUAUAUGUUUAUUUGCUUUCUUGACCAGAGAUAGAUGAUGGAUACCAGUGGUACUGUAUGUCUGUUAGACCUUAAUGUUUCAUGAACAAGUAAUUAAGUACAUUGGUUUGAACAUAAUGAAUUAAGAGAUAAUAACACAUGUUAAUUAAACCUAUGCACUGUCCUUUUGAUUAGGUUUGGUGGCUUAAAAAAAACCCAUUUAAUCAUAAAGAUAUUGUUAUUUAUGAAUGUUUUUACUUAGAUAAAGUCACACGAUCAAAUGAAUGUAGACGUUUAUCUCAUUGAUUUAUUUUAUUCAUUCAAGUCUUUGGUUUUUUAAUUUGUAAAGUAAUUUGUAGUCAAAUGAUUCAUAGUAUUUUUAUAUAUUCAGAUAGGCACUUUUAAUGAAGGUUGCAUUUAUUUAUUUGCUUUUUUAUAAAGUGGUUUAUUGCUUUCUUGAAGAUGUUAUGAGACAUGUGCAGACAAGAAAAAACAUCUAUGAUAAGAUUUAUCAUAGAUGUGUUUAUCAGUGUUUCCUUUCUUUAUCAGUGUUUUGUUUUUUCACACCUCAACUGCUACAUGACAUGCCUCACACUUUUGGUCUCAUUUGCACACUGAUAUUUGUCAGAAUCACAGAAAUAAAUGUUUAUUAUUUAUUGUAUUUCCAAAAGUUAGUUUGGUUCCUUGUAUGUCAGAUUGUACAAUGACACCCAGAUUAGCAUUCAGUGGACUUGAUUAAAAGAUUUAAGAUCAACACUCUGCCGUCUUAUUCCCUCGUUGGUCU